GGUUUGUAAAGCAAACUUUUUUUCUUUUCAAUUCAGCCUUUGAUCAAAUUCUUCUUACUGUUUUCAGAUUCCAUGGGCUGGCUGAGGAUUUUCCAGGCUACUUUUUGCUUUUAAAUGAGAAUAUGCAAGUUUAGACUGGAAACGUACAAAAUUGGGAUUUUUUUUUUCAUUUCUAUUGUAGUAAGGUGAAGCUUAUUAAAGUCAUUUGAAGAAUGUAAAUAGCAUCUUUUAAAAUGAGGAUAUUUGUCGCUUUUGAAGGGCUCUGUGAGUCUUUUGACAUUUCACCAGAGAAUACUGUGCAAGACGUAAAACUGAUGAUAAAGGAUUAUUUUCAUGUUCCACUUUCUGAAGACAAACAAGGCAGGAGAUACCUGGAGCUGAUAUAUGCAGGAGCAGUGCUAAAGGACAACUGGGUACUAGCUGAUGUAGGCAUUACAGUUUCUUCCUCAAUUAAAUGUGUCAUCAAGGAAGAAGACAAGCCAAUUUUCUAUGUAUACAACCCAGUCACUCAUGAAAAAUUGUCCAUAAUGGGAAGGAUUUAUCUUCUUUCAUCAAAGGUUUCAGAUCUGAAAACUUUAGUGACCUUGAAAUGUGGUUUUCCAAGUAGCAUUUAUUGUCUCAGGACUCCAGAGGGCAGGGAGAUGUUUGACUGCAAUACUCCGAAUGAUUAUCAGUUAGAUAUAGGCACAACUCUUCGUUUGGAUGUUUGGAAUGGAUGGAGAGAAUUCUUGACCAGCUGUAUCCUAGGAAACAAACCCAAGAUCCAGUAUUAUCUGUCAAAGGAAGAACCAAUACUCAGAUAUCAAAAGAGAGUAGCUCUUUACAUGGCAGCCUUUUUCGGACACCUUCAGGUUUCAGUCUGGCUCUUGAAAAAGGGAGUGAAGCCCACUGAAACAAUUGGUGUACAUCCUUAUCGUGAGUGGUGUCAAGAAGACGAUCAUUCUGACAACAUGAAAUGUCCCGUUCAUGCAGCUGCAGAAGCAGGCCAACUUAUGAUACUGAAAGCAUUUGUUAAUUCCAGUGCAUUAUCCCUUCAAUGCCAAAAUUCUGCAGGGCAAACGCCAUUGCAGCUAUGUAUCCAGCAGAGACAUAAAGAUUGUGUAUUAUAUUUAGUCACCAAGUUAUGGUCGGUGGUUUCUUAUCCUACAUUCUCUCUGCCCAUGAAAAUCUAUAUUAAGUUAAAGCUUUGGCUUCUUAAAUCUCAAAAUAACAUCUAUUCAGUCAAGAAGUACAACCCUGCUGCAGCCUUCAAAACACGAGUUGGGGAUGUUGUCUUUGUGGAUGGUUUCACAAAACCAGAAAUGACCUCCAGAGGGUUUUGCUCAGCCGUGAUCAAACAUGCAAGUAGCAGAGGUUGCACACUGCCAGAUUUAAAUAAUCAGUUUCAACAUGAGCGAUCUCGGUACCAUUUGACCAUAUCUGAUAUGUACCUCAAAGCGAAAAAUGUUAGAUUACCUCCAGUGGCAGGUGCAAAGAAGAAAGGUAGCAAAGAUAGACAAUGGCAAAAAAGGAAACCUAGAAAAAAGAACACACGGCUUAAUGAAGAAUACAUGGACCAAAAUAUGUGUUUAGCAAGAGUUCCUCUGCCUUCUAAUGCUCUCCUCAAACCAGCAUACUAUUAUUCCAUACCUAAUGUAGAGUUCCUGCUAAAUCCUUCCCUGGAGUCGUUUUCAGAAUACUGUGGAAGAACUCCAAGAGAGAAUGCAAUCUACUGCUUAGCCAUAGCCAGUGAAUUUAAAGAGAAGCCUUGGCUGCAACAAUUGAACAUUGCAAGAACCCUAGCUAGAAAAAGUAUAUGUAAACCUACAUACUAACUAGACUCAGAUGAAAUAGACUAUAUAAUAGAUAGAUUAACCAAAAAGAUUUAUAGAAACAAUACAUCUUGGCAAGCAAAGUUCAUACAUAUUCUGAGAAUCCUGGAAUCUUCCCCUUUGUGGGAAUCCAGUAGCAUCCUUCCGAUGCUAUUGAAAUGCCAUUCAUAUUCCAAAAGAAUUAAGAAUAACAAUUGGUUUAUAUAAAUAUGAAAUGCUAAUGCAUAUUUUUUGAACAUUUUGGAGGACUCCUAUUGGGGAUUCUUUAAACAGAAACAUUGUAGACAAUCAGCAAAUUUAAUUUUUCUGAAGCUCCAGGAAUGGGAUGGAAAUGGAAUGGAUUGGAGACCUUGAAACAGAUUGUGGUGGACAAAGAAGUUUGUAUUCAGAAGAAUCCUCUGAAUUCUAAAAAUGAUCUUAGCAGCUUACAUAUUAUGUGGAUGAAAAUAUUUUGCAUGUAAAUAAGUACUACCAUUGGAGGAGUGGUCUCUCUCCUCCUAAUUUGAAAACAAGACUGAUUGACAAGUCUGAAUUUUAUUAUAAUGCCAUUCCCAAAUUAAUCCUAAUU